CCCUGCGUGACACGCAUUUUACGCACGGGAGAGACAGUGGGUCGGGUCUGUGUUUACUUCCGGACUCGGAUUUAGACUCCGCUCAGAGAGCAGCAGCCCCAGUGGUGGUUCAGGCUGUCAGCUAGCACGGUAGCCAUACAAGGCUGCAUGACAGAGGUGACAGGGUUGACCGGCGGCUCCCCCCGACAGACCAGCCUCGCUCGGCGCCUCUGCAGACCGGACACCGCGACUCCGGGCGGACUCGCACCGCUCGUCCCCCCAGCUCCCCUCCGUGCCUCAAAGUCACCCGAUGCUGCGCCGCCGCUACCAGCUAACACGCCGACCCGACUGUGCUCCUGCCGCUCCAUGAUCCGAGCUAGCCGCGGAUCAAAACAAGGACGAUCGCUGAAAGUUUAAGCGGCGUUUGCAUUCGACCGACCCGGGAUCCAGCAUCCGAGAGAGCGACACGGGCCCCGGGGGGACAGCGACGGGACUCGGGGGUGGGGGGUCCAGGCGGCCAGGGCAGCGAGUGUGGUGGCUGGAUAGACUCGGGGCUCGCCUCCAGCUCCUGGUGGAUUUAUCCCCUGCCGGCUAACGUUAGCUAAGCUAGCUCCGCUCAGCACCAUGGACUGGUUGAUGGGGAAGUCGAAGACGAAGCCAAAUGGAAAGAAGCCUCCGGCAGAAGAGAAGAAGCAGUACUUGGAGCCAGAGUUCACGAAAAUCCGUGUGGUGGACUUUGACCUCAAGGAGCUGGUGGUGCUGCCCAGAGAGAUAGACCUCAACGAAUGGCUAGCCAGCAACACGACAACGUUCUUCAACCUUAUCAACCUGCAGUACAGCACCAUCUCAGAGUUCUGCACUGGGGACACCUGUCAAGCCAUGACGGCCUGCAACACAAUAUACUACUGGUAUGACGAGAGGGGGAAGAAGACGAAGUGCACUGCGCCGCAAUAUGUCGACUUUGUAAUGAGUCUUUGUCAGAAACUGGUCACAGACGAGGAAAUCUUUCCUACAAAAUAUGGCAAAGAGUUCCCCAACUCCUUUGAGUCCUUGGUAAAGAAGAUCUGCCGGUACUUGUUCCACGUGCUGGCUCACCUCUACUGGGCGCACUUUAAAGAGACGGUGGCUCUGGACCUGCAGGGCCACCUGAACACUCUGUAUGCACAUUUCAUCGUUUUCGUAAGGGAAUUCAACCUGGUCGACCCCAAGGAGACCUGUAUCAUGGACGACCUGUCCGAAAUCCUCUGCACCCCCGCCCCGCCACCUGCGCCCGCCCCGGCCCCCUCCAGCCCAACCUCAGCGCCCUCCCCUUCCUCACAAAACCACGUGACGGAGAGAUGAGCAGGGGGGCGCGGCGGUGAGACAACAGCCCCGGGGUGAUAGAAGAUAGAGGAGAGAAGGAAAGACGGCCUGGCCCCCUGCCUCGGUGCCAGCAGGACUUAAGAGACCUUCCACUACCCUUAUAUUUCGCUAUGACAUCAACCAACCAGCCGCAAGAAAGGGGG